AUGCUUGCCAGGCUUCCUCCCUUCAUAGUUCGUCGGAGACCAUUAUCACUCAGAAAGAUCCACAUGCCAUCUCUCACCGGGCCACGUCCAGUUGACUGGAAAGCAGCCGCUCCUCCAAUACCCAACUUCGCGCCCCAACAUGACUCUCUUCCUCGUUUGCCAGUUCCAAAUCUCACUGCUACCCUCGAGCGAUUGAAGACGUCAUUGUUACCGUUGGCACACUCGGAAGCUGAAUUCAGUGAUGCUGCUAAGAAGAUUGAUGCAUUCGGAUCACACGCUGGGCCAGGGAACCUAUUGCAGUCUCGUCUCCUGCAGCGUGCAAAUGAACGCGAACAUUGGCUAGAGGAGUGGUGGGAUAAUCUCGGCUAUUUGGGCUAUCGAGAUUCGGUGGUGGUGAAUGUUUCAUAUUAUUAUGGAUUCGAUGGGCAACCUGCCCACCUUCCGCAAAGCCCUGCUGCUCGUGCUGCUGGCCUUGCACGUGGAGCCCUCGUAUUUCGGCAGAAGUUGCUGAGUGGUCAGGUGAGCCCUGACGGAACAAAGGAGGGUCAGUUCUGUAUGGACACGUAUCGAUGGAUGUUUAAUUGCUGUCGUAUACCUGGCCUCUACGGUCUCGACUGGAGUGUAUCUCAUGCGGGUUCUAAGGCAGAUGAUUUAGGCUAUAUCAUUAUUGUGAGAAGGAACAGGUUCUGGAAGCUCAAAGGUAUCGUAAAUGGGCGAAUACUCAGCAUGGCUGAGCUAGAGAAACAGAUACAACACAUUUACGACUCUACCACCGAUGAAUACCCAGGAGUUGGCGUUUUGACUGCAUCAAACCCCGCGAACCCACACAACGCAUCUAUCUUGCAUACAAUACACUCCUCUGCCUUCCUCAUCUCCCUUGACACCGACACGCCUUCCUCUCCCAUAGAUCACAGCCGCUCUCUCUGGCACGGUUCGCUCUCACCCUCUACAUCGGAUGCACCCGGUCUGAAGAACCGCUGGGUUGACAAACCUGUCGAGUUUAUCGUUUUUGACAACACACGUGCCGGUCUCCUGGGCGAGCAUUCCAUUAUGGACGGCACGCCUACCGCCCGUAUGUGCGAUGAAGUGCUCGACUGGCUCGCUGAUCCUGCUUUUGACCUCGGGACGCCCUCUGCUAUUCCACCGCCGGAACCCGAACCAUUAGAUUUCGUGAUAGACGACACAACUCGUACCGCAAUCGACGAGGCGUCGAAAGCUGCAUACGAGCUUGCUGAGUCACAAUCAAUGUCAUACUACCUCACAUCCUAUGGCAAGGCCGCCAUCAAGGCGUUCCGUGUGUCCCCUGAUUCAUGGGCCCAGAUGAUCAUCCAACUGGCGUAUGCCCGCUUGCUCCGUGCCCGCGGGCUGAACAGGGAAGGAGGGACCUACGAGGCAGCGACUACACGCAAAUACUGGAAAGGCCGGACGGAGACAAUCAGGGUCGUCACUUUGCAAUCGGAUGCUUUUGUUUUGGCAAUGGAUGACCCUCAUGUCAGCUGUGAGGACCGGAAACAGCUUUUUGAUGCGGCUGCCAAAGCGCACAUUGCACUGGCGAAGACAGCAGGGACCGGAGAAGGGGUGGAUCGGCACAUGCUGGGAUUGAAACUCUGCCUGAAAGAAGGCGAGCCAGUUCCAGAGCUGUACAACGACGCUUUGUACAAACGCUCUGGCAACUGGGUCUUGAGCACGAGUGCCAUUUUCUCGGACCAUUUUCCUGUGUAUGGAUGGGGUGAAGUUGUACCGGAGGGCUUUGGGGUGGCAUAUAUGACUGGAUAUGACGACCGUUUGCAAUAUACCGUCACCUCACGAAAGGAGAUGCCAAACCAGGAGUUCAUGGAUGAGAUUGCGAGGGCCGCGGUUGAUUUAUAUGAUUUGCACGCUGGUCAACCAAAGUCCAUGUUGUAAGAAUUUGUGUUCUGCGUGCGGAGUUCUACACGACAGCGGCGUCUGCUUUCGUUUGUCAAUCGUUGCUGCAGAAU